UCUGAGCCAUUUAAACUUUAAAGAUCCUCCAGAGGAGGUUGUGAGCACGUGAGAGUUCCUUCUUCAACCUCUCGGCCGCUUCUCCAAGCGAUCUGGUGGUUUAAAACAAACAGACAAGUUGUCGACAAGUGCUUUUAUUUGGGUCACAAUGGGAGCGUUUAUCGCCAAGAUGUUGCUGCCCACCAUCAGCAGUUUGGUGUUCCUGCCUGCCGCCAGUGUGGCCGCCAAGAGGGGCUUCCACAUGGAGGCCAUGGUCUAUUUCUUCACAAUGUUCUUCAUAGCGAUUUACCAUGCGUGUGAUGGUCCGGGCUUGUCCAUUCUCUGUUUCAUGAAGUACGAGAUUCUGGAGUACUUCAGCGUGUACGGCACAGCUAUCUCGAUGUGGGUCACACUACUAGCACUGGGAGAUUUCGAUGAACCCAAGCGCUCUUCGCUCACCAUGUUUGGUGUGUUGACUGCGGCUGUGAGGAUCUACCAGGACCGCUGGGGCUACGGCAUCUACUCCGGGCCCAUUGGAACAGCUGUCUUUAUGAUAACAGUCAAAUGGUUACAGAAAAUGAAGGAAAAGAAAGGCCUUUAUCCAGACAAAAGUGUUUACACUCAACAAGUGGGGCCAGGGUUCUGCUUCGGUGCUCUUGCUUUGAUGCUUCGCUUCUAUUUUGAGGAGUGGGAAUAUGCUUAUGUCCACAGUUUCUACCACGUGUCACUGGCUGUGUCCUUCAUUCUGCUGCUGCCCAAGAAGAACCGCUACGCAGGGACGGGACGUAAUGCAGCCAAACUUAACUGCUACACCCUCUGCUGCUGUACAUCACAACCUCAGAUGAAGGAAAAAGCAAGGACUAUCUGGACUACUCCUCAAAAACCCUGGAUCCGGACAUGUGGUCCUGGCCUGCCGUUAGACAAAUCCCUGCCACGCACCAUGUAAUGCAAGAAACUGUGUCUGUUAACAGCACCCUGAAAGUGAGGAAAGUUAUACGACCUCCCAGCAGGCCAAGCAUGCCUUGGACAACUUAUUCGUAGGGAUAGCAUGAUGCCCUGAUAGUCAAAAUCACUAAAAAGGUACUGAAAUGUAUGUUUAAAGACUCAUUGCAAGAUAAAGACUGUGACAGUGAAGACUUUCCCCAUGACAAGGAGAG